AUGAUUCUAAGGAUAAGAGAUAAAGCCUAUUGUAAAGAUGCACUUCAGAUAUGGUUUGAAACUCUGCCAAUAUCUCCCCGAACCACUCCAGGGUUUAGGACAUGUGUAUGCAUGGCCAGCCGUAUCUCUGAGAAGGAAAUGACAGAGGACUUUUAUUAUGAUAAGAGAAUUUUAUACACUAGAGAAUGUGCCUGUAUGUUUCACCCUUGUAUGUCCAAGGAAAGAUAUUGGAGUGUCAUAGUUAAAGAUACUCCUAGUUCAUGCAGUGUUAAAUUGAAAAGGUUGGCCCUUGAGCGCAGCAAAACAGCAGAAAUGGCAGUGGAGGUGGUCACAUCCCUAUUACAGCAAUACGGCCAAGGUGGACCUUGCUCAGACACAGACACAGACUUUGUCUACCACAACAGCUUCCUAAUUGCUGACCCUCAAGAGGCCUGGAUACUGGAAACGGCCGGUAAACACUGGGCAGCAGAGAAUGUUAAGAGUGGCUACCGAAACAUCAGCAACGCGCUGAGCAUUGGCACCAAGAUUGACAAGAUGAGCGAAGGUCUAAAGGAGCUGGCGCAGGAGAAAGGCUGGUGGGAUGGCUCUGGGGACUUCAAUUUCUCAGAGGCAUAUGGGGCUUCCCAAGAUGCGGGCCAGGAACGUAAGGAGUGUGGAGAAAAGCUGCUGGCCAAAUUCUCUGAGGGAG